UCUUCUUCACUACGCAAUAUAAACAACUACCUUUAUAUUUUCUAAAACUACUACUCCAAAAACAACCGCAAACAUGGCCGAAGAGACCAAGGAAGUCGAUUACACGCUUAACAACCCAGAUACUCUUACCAAGUACAAGGAUGCCGGGGCCAUUUCCCACAAGGUCCUCGAGGCUGUCUCCAAGCUCUGUGUAGCUGGCGAGAAGAUCGUAGACAUCUGCGAGAAGGGUGAUAAGCUGCUCGAGGAGGAGAUCGCAAAGGUCUACAGAGGAAAGAAGAUUUCCAAGGGUAUCUCCCACCCCACCACCGUCUCUCCUUCCUCCUUCGUCACUCCAUAUACCCCUCUCAAGUCCGACGAGGCCGAGGCCGCCGUCGUCCUGAACGCUGGUGAUGUGAUCAAGAUCCAGCUCGGUGCACAAAUCGACGGUUUCGGAACGAUCGUUUGCGAUAGCGUUGUCGUGCCCGGCGGCGAGGAUGACGCCCGCACCGCAGACCUGAUUCUGGCUACCCACUACGCGAACGAGCUUCUCCUACGCCUGAUGGUCCCACCCGGAUUAUUGUCGACCGGUACACCCGAGGAGAAGGCCAAGGCCGCUGCCCAAAAGCCAGUUGCCCAGAGCCGCAUGACCAACCUUCUCGAGAAGGUCGUCAAGAGCUACGACUGCAACCUCGUCGAGAGCACCACCUCGUGGCUGUUCAAGCGCAACGAGAUUGAGGGAGAGAAGAAGAUAGUCCUGGCACCAGGAGAGGGCUCCAAGGGCGAGGGUGUCCCAGAGGUCGGCGAGGUAUGGGGUGUUGAGGUCGGUGUCUCCCUGGGAACCGGUAAGCUCAAGAACCUUGAGAACAGAGCUACUCUCCAUCGCCGAACCACCCUCACCUACGGUCUCAAGAGAGACAGCUCCAAGAAGACCCUCAAUGAGGUUGUCAAGAAGUUCGGUACCUUCCCAUUCUCCCUCAGGCAACUCGACGACGAGAGGCAGGGCAAGGUCGGUGUUGUUGAGUGUGUCCGCGGCAACGUUUUCCGCGCGUACGAGGUUGUUGGUGACAAGGACGGAGCUGCCGUUGCCAGACUUCUGACCACCAUCGCCAUCACCAAGAAUGGCGUCCAGAAGCUUGCUGCCCCACCAGCCCUUGACGUGUCCCAGUACAAGACCGACAAGAAGAUCACCGAUGAGGAAAUCCUCAAGAUCCUCGAGGAGCCCAUCGCAAAGCCCAAGAAGGCGAAGAAGUAGAUCACCAAACCCCAACUACUGCUGUUCGGGGGAGGGGUCAUGUCGCAAGAAGCGAAUGGCCUGAGUAGUAAAUGACUGACGUUUCAUGAUCUGGCGGUCGUGCCUUUCAAACUGGAACCUCACUUGGAGUCAAAAGCCAGGAGUGUGCCCCUAUUCACAAUUUUGGGGGGAAAGGGCGCAUCUUCUGCCACUUUUUGUAUUUCCUUGUGUGGGGUGAUAGUUGAAAUGCGCGAGUUACUUUUGGCGACCGAUUGCGUCAUGAAAACUAGCUUGAUCAUCUUUUUUUGUAUGGAAAGGAGUAGCGUUAGCCACAAAUUCCAGCAACUGACAAUCGUAAUUUCCACGAG